GGGUUAUCUGUGUAACAUGGUAUAAAAGAUUUCGUGGGGGUAGCAUUUUUUUCUUUUCCUUUGCUCGAGCAAAAUUAGAGCUCGAGAGCAGCAGCGAUUGUAGCCAUGGGUCUGUCCAAGGCUGUCGUUGAUGAGCGGGCGACCGAGCCUGAUACGGGUGCUAUUCUCCAAGAGACCCCGAAGAAACGAUGGGUCAGUUACAUCUGGGAUACGUUUGACAAGUCGCCGGAGGAGCGUAGACUCCUUACGAAGCUGGAUGCUGCCAUUCUGAGUUUUGCUUCGCUGGGCUAUUUCAUCAAAUACCUCGACCAGAUCAACUUCAACAAUGCAUUCGUCUCUGGAAUGAAAGAAGACCUGGGCAUGUACCAGAACCAACUCAACUACAUGCAGGCGUGCUGGACGGUGGGCUACGUGAUUGGUGAAAUCCCCAGCAAUAUGCUGCUCACGCGAAUCCGGCCGCGAUACUGGCUGCCGACGAUGGAGCUCCUCUGGACGGUCCUCACAUUCACCCUCUCCCGAUGCAACACGCCAACGCAAUUCUACGUGCUCCGCUUCUUUAUUGGCCUCGCGGAGAGUACUUUCUACCCUGGCAUGCAGUACAUUAUCGGCUCGUGGUACCGCAAGGAUGAACUGGCCAAGCGAUCGUGCAUCUUCCACACCUGCAGUGGGAUUGCAACCAUGUUCUCUGGGUACUUGAUGGCUGGUGUGUAUAAGCUUGGUGGUCGGGGAGGGUUCAAGGGGUGGCAGUGGCUGUUUAUUAUCGACGGAGUGAUUUCGCUCCCCAUUGCCAUUGCGGGCUUCUUCGUCUUGCCUGAUGUUCCUGAAAUCUCGAAUCCGUGGUAUCUGACUGAAAAGGAAGUAAAACUCGCCCAAAAACGCAUGGAACUCGAAGGCCGCAAACCAAGAGGCCCAUACACAAAAGCGAAGCUCAGAAAGAUCUUCACAUCGUGGCACAUCUAUUUCCUCACCCUUCUCUACAUCACAUUCAACAACGCAAACGGCGGCGCACCUAUCUUCCAACAGUUCCUCAAAGCCUCCACAGACCCAGUCUACUCCAUCAGCCAGAUAAACUCGUACCCGACGACCACGCCCGCUGUGCAGGUUGUUACGACACUUAUAUAUGCUUGGUCCUCCGACUCCUGGCUCGGCGGCCGCCGCUGGCCGCCCAUCCUCGUCGGCGCAGUCUCCAACAUCGUCUGCUACGCGUCGCUGGCCGUCUGGGACAUCCCCAUCGGAUGGAAGUGGACGUGCUAUAUCCUCUGUGGGGCGGGGUAUGGACUCAGUGGGCUUUGCAUGGCCUGGGCGCACGAGAUCUGCUCCAGCGACAACGAAGAGCGCGCGCUGGUCGUCGGGUCCAUGAACGAAAUGGCGUACGUCUUCCAGGCGUGGUUGCCGCAGGUUGUCUGGCAGCAGGUGGAUGCGCCGCAGUACCGGAAGGGGUUUAUCACGGGGACGGUCAUGGGUGUUUUGCUUAUCUUUACGACGGUGGCGAUUUUGUUUCUAGAGAGGCGGGAGAAUGCGAAGAAGCUUGGGCAGAGGGACGGCGAUGGGGAUGGCCUGGGGGUUGAGAGUGACGUUGGAAGUCAGAGUGGGAGUGGGAAUGGGAGUCCGACUGAGAGGAGUGAGGUGGAGGUGGAGGUGCAGCGAAAGUUGUAGGCGAUGGAUUGGAACGAUCAUGUACUGAAAAAAGGCUCGAGGAGCAAUGUCCUGGACGAUUGGGUACUGAAGGUAUCUUGAAUGUUUCAUUCAUCACUAUCGAGCUAUCAAGCCAAUGGCUGCAGUCCUCAUUAGUCCAUCUGGACUUUGGAUAAAUAUGGAUCAAUUUAGUCACG